UCCGUCGCGCCGCGUACUUAAGGAGCCGUAUGCGGCGAAGAAGCAGCAGAACGGAAGGCUGAAAAAAGCGCUAAGAGAGAGAGAGGGAACCCUCAAAAAAGAAGAAAGGACCCUAUCUCGUCGAGGGGAUCGUCGGGGCGCAUUCAGUCCGUCCACGUCUGCUGUCGGGAACGCGACCGGAAGACCGAUUUUCCCCGCGAAAAACUGCUUCUUCCUAUUCCCGAUAAGAACUGAACGGAAACUUCUUUCUAAUUGGAGAAGUAAGAGGCACGUUACACAAAUUUCCGAAGACCUCAGUCAAUCGUUUCGCGACUUCGAAUGUAUUUGUGAAUAUCGCGAAUGAGGCAGAAUCUUUACGAGACGAUUUUGAGUGAGUGACUUUGGAGCAAGUUUUUACUUUUAAGAAGACAAAAUUAUCGGAUAUUUAUUCGGAAAAUCAUACUCGCUUCUAGAAGAGAUCGCUGUAGAAACAUCCCCUUUGAGAAAAGUUCAAGGAGCGGCUAGGAAAAAAUAUAACGUUUCGCGGAAAAAAAACAGUCGAUAUCGAUCGGUGGAUGAUCAACGAUCGAAUGAGAACUCGUAUGACCGCGGGAUUCGCAGGCGCGAAAAGGGAAAAGGGAACGAGUGGCCGUGCGACGGAAGGCUAGUCGUCAUAUGGGGAGGAAAAGAGCGAAGAAACGUUAGAGUGUGGCGCGCGAGACGAGAUCGCAAUGAAAGUCAAUAAACCAUGAUGAGUAACGGAGAGUAUAGUGGUCGGAGUGGCAUUAAUAAAUUAGUGUCUACUUGCUGCUACAAGCAACAGCAGCGGCAGCGGCAGUAACAGGAGUCCGGAGGAGGAAGAGGACAAAGAGGAGGUGGUGGAGGAGAAGGAGGAGGCGCGGACCUCGAGUGUGUGUGUGUGUGUGCGCGAUAUGUGCACCGGUGUACGUGCGUGCGAAUACUUGUGAUCGGCCGUGUCGAUGCGGGGAUUUGGCCAGUGUGUCAGUGUGAAAGAAGACAAUUGACUCGCAGCCGCCGUCCGUCGGACGGUGCUCAGCUCAGCGGGGGGCCUUCUGACGUCACAUCCUGCCCCGCGGCCUGUACGAGAGUCGCGAUCUCAUCUGGACCACGGUGAACGAAGCGAAUGAGGAACGAUGAUUUAUCGCGACAAGAGGAUCCUCAGGAUCCUUGUCUUACUCAACAUAGUUGCGAAGAUGUCGGCGAAUCAAACAGAUUCACCAAAAACAGAUAUGAUCGAAGAGAUGGAAGAAUUUACUACAACCAAAAGGAUUUUACCUGAUAGAUGUCUUCUUAAGACAGAACCGGGACCCUGUAAGCACUUCGUUCACAAAUGGGCCUUCAACAAGGUCGAAGGAAAAUGUCGGACUUUUCCUUACGGCGGUUGUCACGGAAAUGAAAAUCGGUUUAACUCGGAAGCGGAGUGCCUGUAUUAUUGCGUCGGUGGUGAUCAUACACUACCGCCUUAUCUUGUAACAAAGGGCAGCGUAUUUGUCGCAACAAGCACGACGACAAUGAGCACUCCACCCUCGACAACCACUACACCACGACCGACCUUUACACCUCCGAAACCGACGAAACCACCUGUACCGAAGCACUUACGAGGAAAGGAAUUGACUUUCAUGGAAUCUGGCCACGAGAAAACAUUUAUGUUCGCACAAAGUAAUACUUUCAUCCAACUCGAUGGCCCUGGCAUUAAAACCUUCCAAUUGAGACUAUGUCGCGAGAUAUCCUUCAAAUUUCGCACCAAGCUUCCACACGGUUUACUAGUUUAUCACAGUGUCAAAGAUCGUCCAGAGAGUCUUGACCCUUAUGCCCUUUACGUGAUAGUAGAGAAGGGUCAGCUGAAAGUUGUUCAUGUAUUCGGCAAACAAUCGACUAGUUUAACUGUCGGUCAAGGGCUUAACAGAGACGAGUGGCAUAGCGUUCUCGUACGAAUCGAUGUGCAUGGGGCAAAGUUAAUCGCUAGAGUCGACGAUAAGCAGGCGGAGACUACUCUAAAAGUUUUAGAACGCAUCGUUAAUUAUGGAGUAUCUGAAGAACUAGCCUCUGUCGUUCUUAUCGGAGGACUGAGUUCCGAAGAACGAUUACACGGAGUGAAGUAUAUAAUAGAAUCUUUUGUCGGCUGCAUCAGGGAUAUGGUUUUGAGUUCCGGAAAAUCUGCCAGCGAUUUACUGCCCAUUCGGCCAUUAAUCGCGACCAAGCACGAGAAUGUUAAAGAAGGAUGUAUUGAUAAGUGCAGGACAAGAGAAAACUUGUGUUUCGUUCCCGAUCAAUGUGUGAAUCACUACAAUAGUUUGACAUGUGAUUGCUUCGGCACGAAUUACGAGGGUGAACGUUGCGAUGUGUACACCGCGACUAUACUGACGCUGAGAGGUUCCUCAUACGUGUCCUUUCGCGUGUACGAUUGGAAGGAUCGUGUUCACUCGUCUGUCAACAGGAUCAGCCUCGCUUUUAAGACGAAAUGGGACAAUUCCGCCUUGUUUUAUGCUUCCGGUGAAAUCGAUGGCACACCGCAUUACAUUGCAGCUUCCAUUAUAAACGGAUCAGUUCACGUUGAACUCGAUUUCGGACAUAAUUCGAAAAUCUCCACCACUUUGGGUGAUUAUGUCAUAUCUGAUCAUUGGAAUGAUUUGACCAUAUUCCAUAACGGAACCACCGUCUUCGUUAGCUUAGACGACGAGGUAAAGGUUCUAGAAGUACCGGGAGAAAAUUGCGAUAUCAUCAUCGAUCCAGAAAUAUAUAUCGGUGGUGGUCCCGAACUCCACAAGAAGAAGGGUCUUUUGUCGCACAAUAAUUUUGCAGGUUCCUUGAAGUACGUGUUUUUCAACGAUAAGUCAAUUAUAUACGAAUUGAAGCGUUCCAAUCCUAUGGUACACUACAUCGGUGUAUUGGAACCAGAAUACUACCAAGCCGACGUCGAAGUCAUUCCGAUCACAUAUCCUUUCGCGGGAAGUCACAUCUGGUGGCCAAUCGAACAAACCAAUUCGCUGAAAUUGAACUUCGAUUUUAAAAGUUCAACGCCAAUCGCGAUCAUCGCUUCUGGAGAUGUAAAGAGCAAUCGCGGUGUUGGUUACUGGGAGUUACGUCAAGUCAAUGACGAAAUUCGAUUCCAAUUGGUACCAGUUAUUACGGAGAAUAUUACAUUGUCAACUUCGGUGAAGUUUCCGCCUUACAACACUUCCUGGCAUGCGGUUGACCUUAAUUAUACAAAGGGUGAACUUAAUAUCGUUCUCGAUUAUAGGAAUAAACAGAGUAAACUCUUCGCUAUGACGUUUGAGUUAGGUGAUAAAGUCAUUAUAGGAAGUGGUAAAAGUAACGCAGGUCUAGUAGGAUGUAUGCGUGAGAUACGAGUGAACGGUCAAAGAAUUGAACCUAGAUACGUAAUUAAUACCGAAAGAGUAGUCGGAGAAGUUGCUUUAGACAAUUGUCAAUUUGUGGAUCCAUGCAAAAGGCCGAAUACUUGCGAACAUGGUGGUAAAUGUUCAGUUAAAGAAGAUAGAAUCACAUGUGAUUGCACAGACACUGGAUAUAUAGGAAAGAACUGUCAUUUUGCACAAUACAGAAAAACAUGUGAAGAAUUGGCUCUUUUGGGAUACACGCAAGACGACGUUUACAAAAUCGAUAUCGAUGGAAACGGUCGAUUCCCACCCGCUUUAGUAAAGUGCGAAUUUCAAUCGAUCGAAGAUUCGACUAAAACAAUCGUCGAGCACAAUUUACCCUCCCAAGUAGACGUCAGAUCUAUCAUCGAAAACGAUUUCUCCUUCAGCAUCAAAUAUAGACAGUUUACUGCUGAAAUGCUUCAAGAGCUGAUCUCGCACUCACUUUAUUGCAGCCAAUAUGUAAAGUAUGAUUGUUACAAAGCACCCUUGGAACUACACAGCGCCACGUGGUUUCUAGGCUCCAAAGGUACUACCGUUGAUUACAUCGGAAACGUCAAUCGUGGAUCCUGUCCUUGUGGAAUGAACAGAACAUGCGUGAACUCCAACUUGAGCUGUAAUUGUGACGUGUCUGCUGGAAAUGCUGGAAAGUGGCUGUCAGAUGAGGGAUACUACGAAACACCUGAUUCCUUAGGCAUCACCGGAAUGGUAUUCUUGCAACAGAGAGAUCUUGAGGAAGAUGCUCGGGGACGUAUCACCUUAGGGCCAUUGGAAUGCGUUGAAACAAACACACAGAAAUACGUGGUAACGUUCACGACAUCACAAUCGUAUAUUGAAGUACCUGGUUGGAGAAAGGGUGAUAUAGCCUUCAGCUUCCGAACGACGGGGGAGAAAGCUAUUCUUCUAUAUCAACCACCGAUCCGGAAUAAUUAUCCUUCCUUCAUGGUUGCCCUAACGUCAGAAUAUCGGUUGACUUUUAAUUUUACCCUAAAUACCGGUACCAACCGUGAGUUACAAGUGGAAAGCCGACGAAAAUUAAAUAAUGGCGAAUGGCAGAAGAUUUGGAUCGAUUACAACGAUUAUCAUGUGAGGUUUAUGAUCAAUACUGACUUUCGAAUGGUGGAUUUGUUUCCCGAGGAGGAGUUUGGACCCUUUGAGGGAUCCAUGUUUAUUGGUGGUGCUACUGCAGAGCACUUGAAGACUUCUUCCGUUCGACAAGGUCUCAUCGGCUGUUUUCGCGGUCUCGUUGUUAAUGGAGAAAUAUUAGACAUCCAUAGUUAUAUGUCGGUACAUCUAUCGGAAAUCAUCAAAGACUGCAAACCUUCGUGUCAACCUAAUAAGUGUCAGAACGGUGCUAGAUGUGUUGAGUUGUGGAGUAACUUUGAAUGUGUGUGCGAAAAUCGAUGGGCACACUUAGGUACUUAUUGCGAGACAAAUAUCAAUAACAAAGCUUUGACAUUCACCUCACCUGGAGCGUUUUUAAAGAAGAACUACUUUGGAUCGGACGACAACGAGGAGAGAUUGCAGCUAAAAAGCAUGCUACUUGAAAAUAUUUUAAUUAAUUUAAGAACUUAUGAUACUCAUUCUCUGAUACUGUAUGCGAACGAUCAUUUGAACAAUUUUGCACAUCUUUAUAUCUCAAACGGUACAAUCGUCUAUCUUUUCAACGCUGGCAACGAGAUUAAAAAUAUCACUGUAGAAAAUCCAAAUGUCAACACGGGAAUUUCCGUACAGAUCGCCAUAAUUCGAGGUGAAAAUUGGACUACAUUGUACGUAAAUGAAUAUAACGUCACAUUGAAUGCGACACCGAUACUCCUAGACACGUAUUCGAAUAAACCUUGGACAAACCCAGAGAAAGAAGUUCUUGCUCCGCAACGGCCGCCGGCACCUCCCACCGAUUAUUUCCAAGUAAAUUUAGGAGGAUUCGAUCCUGAUAAUCUACUCAGAGUCGGAAAAGAAGGCGCUUUAAUUCAAGGCUACGUUGGCUGCUUACGAGGACUCAUGAUCGGCAAGUAUCUUGUCGAUUUACCAAGCUUGGCCAGCGAAGCGAAUCAUGAAGGAAGUAAAGGUGUUCUGCCGAAUUGUCAAAUGAAAUGCGACACGAUGCCCUGCAAAAAUUUAGGAAUUUGCACAGAGGAUUUCGGCAGACAGGAGUCUUCCUGUAAUUGCGAGCUGACAUCCUACUUUGGUGAACAUUGUGCCGAUGAAAAGGGUGCCGAUUUUAGUGGGGAAAGUGUACUUCAACGCGAAUUUGAACUGGAAGGCGAAGUGAAUCAGGUGAAAGUACAGUUGGCAUUCUCAACAAAUGAACUACGACAGCGAACCACCGCGUUGCUGCUAGUACAGACUGACAACAAAAGGAGCUACUACUUAUUGGUGGCCUUGACGUCCGAGGGACUGCUCAUUUUCGAAGAGGACAGAGACGGCUCAGCGGCUGGAGUGCGCCUGAGCGAUCGGAAUUUCUUGAAUGGUGCACGUCACAGUGUCUACUAUGUUCGCGAUAACAACACGGCCAUCCUCUUAAUCGAUCGUGAGCCCGUCCAAUUGCUACCUAUUCCAGGAAUACCGAUACCAGACGAGGACGAAACUCCGGGUGCCACGGAGAUACAACUUGGUGGAUUGAACACCACCGAUUCGCGAUUUAUCGCCUAUAAGGGAUACACCGGUUGCCUUAGCAAUGUUGUUAUAUCAAUAAAUGGAGGUCCCGAUAUGAAACCACUAGAGGAAUAUAUGCUCUUUACAAAACAAGGCAGCGAAACUGUGCGAGCAACGAUACCCGCCGGUGUUAGAAGUGCUCAAUGUGCCGUCUUCCAUGUUCAACCGGGUGGUCUAGAACCACCCAAAAACGAUAGUGUGGGCCGUGACAAAGCAUGGGUCGAGGAUCCACCGGAAAGAAUCCUAUACAAAUCGCAGUAUUCAGGCGCUACUCAAGAGGAACAGGGUGCAGGGACGUACAUCUUUAUAGCCCUAUGCUGCGUCUUCGUGGCCGCAGUGGUUGGAUGUAUUUAUGAAGUAUGGCGAAGUGCACGCAAGGACCGUCAACGACGACGCGCCGCAGCUUCAGGAGCGGCUACCGGUUCCGGUUCACAGAGAUGGCAAUCACAACAGUACACGGACUCCUUGGUCACCGCGACUGGCGUAAAAGCAAUCGGCUUCAAGAACGUGAUGGAUGACGACAAGAGGCCGAAUGGAACUCACGUGAAAGUGUCCAAUGCCAAAGAAUAUAAACCACUGCCGAAUACAGAACCCAAGGACUUAAUGAACGAUAAAAAAGUUCACAUAAAAGCAGAAGAAGAACCAGAAAAAAAGGAGCUCCUAGGGGUAAAUACAGGCACCGUCAUUAAACCUGUGAAACCGAAUCCAUUCUCAAUGGAAGAUCUAAGAGAAGAACCUGAACUGGAAGAACGCGAGGAAGAAGAGGAGGAAGAAGAAGAGGAAGAGGAUAGCCAGCAGCCAGAGGUAGACGAGAACAAAGAUCAACCGCAGGGACAUCAGCAAGAGGAACAAAAGGAUACGAGUAAUGAUCAAGAUGGCGAGCUUCUCGUUAUGCCGGUAAGAAAUAAGACGGCAAGGAGAGCUUCCUUGACUGACGAAUUGGACUCAGACGAAACGCAGGUCCUCCUCGAGACGAACUUUUCGGUGACAGGUUUGAAUGAGAUCAAAACCGAGCGUAUAAUAUCGAGAGCAAAUAACACCACGAAGAGUAGUGUGUCGAAGAGACCAAUGAGUCUCGAUCUCAACGCACCGAUCAAGUUCAGAAAAUUGCGUGGAGCUCGGCCCGAAAAAGUCACGGUAAAGUUAAUUAAUGGUGACGAAGCGAGUCUCCAGUCUCGAGGCAGAGACUAUGUCGAUGUCGCGUCCGCGUAUCGUGCACAGAACAAUUGAUGAUUAAGUUGACUGACGACAAUAAUUAAUACGUUCAAAAAUAAUUG